CUGACAAUGGCUGCGACUUCCAUUGUCGACGAGCUCGAAGCUGCGCUCCAAGCGUGCUGCACUCCCGCCAUCCGCGCACCGCCACCACAGCCGCCAGCAUCAAGCAAUGGACGGACACACGAUGCAGAGUCUGCUGCAAGCCACCAGCAGCACCAUGCCGCCGCGCAGCCGACGUCGCAGUACCUGGCCGCCUCUGCCCAAGGCGAGUUUGUCGGCGCCGCAGACCAAACCGCUCAGCAUGCACGGACGGUCGAUCGUGCAGUACUCGACCUGGUUGGGAUUGCAAAACAAUUGGAAACGUACUUUAUUCAACUGCAAGUCAAGUACCAAACAUUAGAUCCGCUAGUACAAUUGCAACUGGAGAAUGAAGCAAUGGCAGAUGAAAUUGCUACCAAGACGCGCGUGCUCGCACAACAUCGUGCCAAGAUGGUUGCCAUGCAGCAAAUGCUCGGCAGUGCUUCCCGAUUGCCGCAGAGCUACUAGUUCCAGCGGUUUCGUGGUUUUGCGCCAUUCCCCAUUACAGUUAAUAUAUUAUUCAAUCGGUC